AGGAUCCCCUUUUUGACCACGUGAGGUGUGUGCCAGCGUGGCGGGUGAAUGCUCGAGUUGGGUUUAGCUGCUUUACUGUAGGCUCAGAAUUUGUGGUCUGAACGUGUUGUUUUCUUAGCAGCUCAGCCCGGAUUCCAGCUCUCCCAGGCCAAGGAAGGCGACUACCACAGCGCGACUGAGAUGCAGCAAGCUCUGACAGACUUUUGGCGGCCUCUUCACAUAGUGAAAGGGCGGAAGAGUCCUACCUGGCGGGUCGAAACGUCGGAUGUUAAAGAUACGGCAGGUUUGGGGGGGAAAUGCGAUCAGCCCGGUUUCCAGCUCUCCUGUGCCGAGGAAGGUGACUACCACAUCGCGACCGAGGUGCAGCAAGCUCCGACAGAGCGUUGGAGCCAGCAAGCCGAGCAUUCCCAACACAUACGGCAGUUCUUCGCGGCAUCGACACUAGACGACAGCCGUCACGGAGCGCACGGCUUUGGUUUUUUCAGGGAGGCGUGCACGUUUUUGGUGACAUCGAUUUGAGGCGGGAUUCCCCUCAGAUAUUUUGUCUUUAUGUCUGUUGUUGCUGUUUUGAAGUGUUUGGUUUCCCUCUAAUUAGGGAUAUUUUCUUUUACUGUUGUUGUUUGUAAAGUUUUGCUUGUGUUGACACAGUGACGGCGACACAGACCUGGACUAUUAAGGAAUGCAGUCGUCUAAGGAACCACAGCCUGGCAGCAGCGUUGGCAGUUUCUAUCGCUGAGGGGAGUCUCCUUAAAUCACGAGGAAAGAAGGUGUGUUUUGGUCCGUUUUGUACUA